AUGUCAAUAUUGAAAGUAGCUGUGGCGGUACGUAAACGGCGUUAUGGUGUUCUGCAAUUCUUAGCAGAUUAUCGUUUAAUACUGCGGUGUGCUUUGUGUUACUCAAAGAAAUGUGAUCUGAUUAAAAAUGAAACAUUUAUGGAUGCCACUGAUGUUGAUCGAAGCUCAUUUGCCCGGUUAUCGAUAAUAGGAGAUGAUAGGACACCGACUUGUAAAACAAUGAUGCCAAUCCAGGAACUGAUAAUCUUUGCUGCUUUCACAGGCUCUUUAAACGUGCUGGAAACUUCUAUGGGGGAAAAUUUUCAAUUACAAGUUUUUGAAACGGCACGAAAGACCUUAUGGAAAUGCGCUUCAUUGACAGCAAUCACCGGAAAUGACAUGCGGGAACGAAUGCAUCAUUAUGAAUGCCAUCGAAAUAUUGGAUCAUUAUUACCAAGUGAUAAUCUAAAUAUGAGAAUUGCCGCAUCAUUUGGUUCCAGCUGUCGAGUAUUGGCAGCCAGCUUCAUCGAAUUGUUGGAAGAUGAUUUCGAAAUGAUAAAAUGGAGGAAAAUCGGAGAUGGAGAUAACAAAAUUUAUGGUAUGAAUUUUUGCUUGAGAACAGAAGCAGAGAGAUUUUACCAGAUGCUUCGGUUGCACUCUUCUUCGGGAUCAGUUUCUUAUGCACUACCAAGGAAAUUGGUAUUUCAAAAAAAUUUCUUCCACACCAAUAAUCGCUGCAUAUCCUCGAAAUAUAUUCCGCAAAUUACUAUAUGUAGUAGUGGUGAUGGAGGAGGAAGAGCAAAAUCUAUUGAAAUCAGUGGACCGCUGAACUUCGAGCACAAGAUUCAUAUUGGAUUGGAUUCCGUACAUGGAUAUGAAGAUAAUGACUUCUUGAAAAAGAUUCUCAGAGAAACACAAUUACUCUUCGGCAGUCGAGAAACAUUGAUAGCAAACGAGCGGCGUCUUCACAUCCGCAAACAAUCACGAACAACUUUAAGUUGUGUGAAACACUUCGAUCAAGUCAAGAGAAACAAUCGAAAAUCAACUAAUUUUGGAGACAAGUUACUGGAAAUAACUCAAAGUUCAAACAUGCAACAAACAGUAACGAUAUCCGGCGAAGGCUAUUCUGAUCCGCCGAAUAAUCUAAAUGGCAGUAACAGGAUGAAUCUACAGACAACAGAGGAAAUGGAUCAUCCGGAAACUCCCCGAAAAUGUUAUGAUAGGAAGCAAAAAUUGACAACAUGCACGGUGGACCAUGGAGAGAGAUUUAUUUCUUCAAAGAGUUCAGCAACAAUGAUCAGAAAAGAUUUUGAAAGAAGAUAG